AUGCCUCCAGCCAUGACAGACCUCCUGGACAUAUGGGCAGACCACUCGCCCUUGGCUGGUCAUGCCCCGGACCAAGUCACUGUGGACUUUCUGCUUCCUACUGGUAUCUACAUUCAAAUGGACGUUCCUCGCGAGGCUACCUUUCAACACAUCAAAUUGCUCUUAUGGAAACAAGCUCAGACAUUCCCAUUGUUUCCUGCCUUGGGCGAGAUGGAAAGCCACAUGUUCGAAUGUGUCAACCAAACUGCUGUACACGAAGAACUAGAAGAUGAAACUCGGAGACUUUGCGACGUUCGCCCUUUCUUACCGGUUCUCAAGUUGGUGACACGCAACUGCGGCCGAGCAGAACGGCUGCUGGAUUCCAAAAUUGGUGUACUUAUUGGCAAGGGCCUACAUGAACUUGAUGGCAUGAAUGACCAGGAAGUAAAGGACUUUCGCAGUAAAAUGUCUCGCAUCAGUGAAGAGAGAAUGCAACGUCUCCAGAUGAUGACGUGGACAGAGUGGCUGCAUGCAUGUUUUUCCCCACAGCUCGAGCCAAGGCUCAUCAACGAUGGACUCAGUGACCGCUCAGCUGAUUUAAAAGUCAUCAUACACGUUGACCAAUCUCAGGAUUCAGCCAGUCUGAGAGUGCCUGCAUCUUGCAGCCCCGCCGAGCUGAUGGAACUGGCUCUGAGGAAGUGGUUGACCACUCAUGGGCACGAGGAGGAGGCUUGGAGAGGACAAUAUGUACUAAGAGUCAGCCAUUGCAUGGAGUUUCUCUGUGGAGAUCAUGCUCUUUGUGAAUACAAGUACAUACGCACAUGCAUGCAGGCGAAGGAGUCUCCGCACCUUACCCUGGUCUCCACCAGCACAGUAAAGGCAAUGUUUGAAAAGGAAAUUGCUGCCAUUGGGGCAGUAGUCAGUCGCAGGUCUUCCAACCCACCUUUGCCUCUACCUCCUAAAAGAAGGCAAGCACAGACUUGUGUGUGGGAAGUGCAAUGCCCAUUUAAGAUAGUUCUAUUGAAAGGCAGCAAGGUGAAUGCAGAGGAGACUGCCAAGGUCCAAGUCCGGGCUGGGCUUUUUCAUGGAACUGAGCUGCUUUGCAAACCGGCUGUGAGCAGUGAGAGCAGCGGCCGUUCAGAGCACACGUGGAAAGACAAUACAUUAGAGUUUGAUAUCUCAGUCUCUGACCUGCCGAGGAUGACGCGCCUCUGCUUUGCCAUCUAUGCCGUCAUGGAUAAAGUCAAGAAGCAGAAGUCCACUAAAAACACCCAUCCAAACAAAUAUCAGACCAUUCGCAAAGCAGGGAAAGUGCACUACCCCAUAGCCUGGGUUAACACAAUGGUGUUUGACUACAAAGGUCACUUAAAAAUGGGAGAUAUUGUCCUUCACUGCUGGUCUUCGUUUCCUGAUGAACUUGAAGAGAUGCUCAACCCCAUAGGAACUAUUCAGACCAAUCCGUACACUGAAAAUGCCACAGCUCUGCACAUCAAUUUUCUAGAAUACUCACCGAACACCAUCAUUUUCCCUCCGUUUGACAAGAUACUAGAAAAAGCUGCAGAAAUUGCUCGGGCAAAUGACUGUUCGCCUAUGGGUCGUGGAGGUAAGAAGUUCUACAUUGAGCUGAAGGAGAUCAUGGAGCGGGAUCCCCUUUCUCAGCUGUGUGAGAAUGAGAAGGACUUGAUUUGGACACUACGCCAUGACUGCCGGGAGAAUUUUCCUCAGUCAUUGCCUAAGCUGCUACUCUCCGUCAAGUGGAGCAAACAUGAGGACAUGGCCCAGUUGCAAGCACUGCUUCAGAUAUGGCCCAAACUGUGUCCAAAAGAUGCGCUGGAGCUUCUGGAUUUUAAUUAUCCAGAUCAAUAUGUCAGAGAGUAUGCAGUGCGUUGCUUGUAUGACAUGAGUAAUGAGGAGCUGUCACAGUACUUGCUACAGUUGGUGCAGGUGUUGCGUUAUGAGCCUUAUUAUGACUGCGCCCUUACCCACUUCCUGCUGGAUCGAGCCCAGGCAAACCGCAAGAUAGGGCACUUCCUUUUCUGGCACUUAAGGUCAGAAAUCCACAUGCCUGCUGUUUCUGUUCAGUUUGCCCUCAUGCUCGAAGCCUAUUGUAGAGGCAGCAUCCCUCAUAUUGAGGUUCUAAAAAAACAGGUGGAAGCUCUGAGUAAACUGAAGUCGGUGAAUGAGCUAAUUAAGCUGGGAACCAUGAAGAAUGCUCGGAGUAAGACAAAAGAAGCAAUGUUGACCAAGGAAGCCAUGAUGACUUGCCUAAGGCAGAGUGGCUACUCGGAGACUCUGUCUGACCUGCACUCUCCAUUAAAUCCCAACAUCCUGCUGUCAGGCAUGAAUGUGGAAAAGUGUCGCUACAUGGAUUCCAAGAUGAAGCCACUUUGGAUUGUUUACAACAACAAGCUGCUGGCGGGUGACACAUUGGGAAUCAUCUUCAAGAACGGGGACGACCUAAGACAAGAUAUGUUGAUGCUGCAGAUUUUGAGGUUAAUGGAUUUGCUGUGGAAGGAAGCUAAUCUGGAUCUCAGGGUUGUACCAUAUGGUUGCCUAGCGACAGGUGACCGGGCAGGGCUGAUUGAGGUUGUGUCAUCAGCUGACACAAUUGCCAACAUCCAGUUGACCAGCUCCAAUGUGGCAGCCACUGCUGCUUUCAAUAAGGAUGCUCUGCUCAACUGGCUCAAAGAGCGUAACUCUGGGGAUGCCCUUGACCGGGCAAUUGAAGAGUUCACCCUGUCAUGUGCAGGCUACUGUGUAGCUACAUAUGUCCUUGGCAUUGGGGACCGCCACAGUGACAACAUCAUGGUUCGCAGCACAGGACAGCUCUUCCACAUAGACUUUGGCCACAUACUGGGCAACUUCAAGUCAAAGUUUGGCAUUAAGAGAGAGCGUGUGCCCUUCAUCUUAACCCACGACUUUAUUCACGUCAUACAACAAGGCAAAACGGGUUACACUGAAAAAUUUGGCAGCUUCCGUCAGUACUGUGAGGAGGCCUAUCUCAUCUUGAGGAAAAAUGGAAACCUCUUCAUCACACUGUUUGCUCUCAUGCUUACUGCUGGCCUACCUGAGCUCACUUCAGUCAAAGACAUCCAGUACCUGAAGGAUUCCCUGGCUCUGGGCAAAACAGACGAGGAGGCACUAAAACAGUUCCGCCAGAAAUUUGAUGAGGCCCUGAGGGAGAGCUGGACAACCAAAGUCAACUGGAUGGCCCACAAUGUAGCCAAAGACAACCGCUCUUAG